CAGCUCCACAGACUCAUCUCAUUCUGGACGCAGUGUCUACGUGUCACCAGCAGAGGGCUAAAAAGUCCCCUAAGUGCUGUGAACACUCAUUCUGUCCUCAUUCUCAGCUCCUUCCGUUCAGAUCAGCCUUCUUUGAGUUUGUGGCGUGGAAAGAAGAGAAGAUUUGAUGAAUGCAACUGCCUUCUUGCCUUUUUCAUGUGCCCAAAGGCUGCUGGAUCAUAAUCAUUGGGAUGCAAAAGAUGUUAAGGAGGUAGAUCAUCUCAAAAACUCUUUUUGGCUUUAACUUUUCAGAACUUAAAAGAGAAGAAGAUGAUCCCGGCAUCUUGUUGGAACAGUCUGCAGGUGUGUUUACUCCUUCUGUUGGUUGGGCAGCGACAAUUGGUGGAUGUUCCAGGCAGAGUAACCGCACCUGGUCAGGUGAACGCUCCUGUGGGAAAGCCCUUCACCCUGACUUGCACCAUUUCCAGGGAUCGUGCUGAAGUCUUAAAGCAGGUACGCUGGCUGGACGUCCAGAACCAGACCUUGCUGGAAUAUCAGCCGGGAAACAAGGACAGUGUGAGUGGACAGCAGCAUGUGGAACUUGCCGCCUCGCCCAAGGACGUCUCGACGAUCAUCAUCCGCAGGGUGAGCUUCCGGGAUGAAGGCUGCUACACCUGCAUAUUCGAGCUACAGCGUUCUGGCUCAAAGCAGGGACAGACGUGCCUCACCGUUACAGCCCAAGUCACCUCUGAGAGAAACAAAACAGCAGUGAGUGGGAAGAAGGCCUCUCUGUCAUGCUCCUAUGCUUUGCCUGAAAAGGUGCAGCAGGUCGUGUGGCGACACACCUCUGCGCUUGGCGACCUCACAGACGUGGCAUCGUUUGCGAAGCGGAGCGACCCCAUGAUCGAGCCGCAGUAUCAGGGAAGAGUGUGGCUCACUGCAUCACUGUCAGACAGUGAGCUCACCAUCCAGCCUGUUACUAUCAAAGAUGAGGGCUGCUACACCUGCCUAUUUGAAACACACCUUGAUGGACCAAAGAGCUCCACUGUUUGUCUCUCCACCUACGUCCUUCCAAAACCUCAAGUGAGCUACAAGACCACCUCCCCAGGUGUGAUUGAGGCCAACUGCACCUCUGUGUCUCGGCCACCUGUGGAGAUUGUGUGGAACGUGGAAACAGACAACCGCACCAUGGGCGCCCCGCUGAACACGCAGGUUCUCCAGGAUGACGGGACCACCCUGACCGUCAGCACGCUGACCGUUCGGUCAGGGCUACUGAAGGACGUGUCCGUGAAAUGUUUGGUGCAUCACAAAGGACUCGAGACGCCUAUUGCUGUAUCCAUGAACACUAAGAUUGGCACAGCUCUGACCAUCCUGAUCUCUGUCACCACCGUAGCAGCUCUGCUGGUUAUGUCGCUCUGCUUCUGCCUUUGGAAAUGUUUCCUGCGCAAAGAAAAUGAUUAAUCUUCUAGAGGCUGCAUAGGACCAGCUGAGGAAGAUGAAGCACGACCACGGGGUGUCCACUACAAUCCUAUUUAUGAGCCCAACCUGGACGGCGGCGUUUACCUCUGCUCUGCUGCAGCUGUUUUUGACUCUUGCAUCGCCUCCAGGCUCUGGCUUUCACAUGGUGUCUAAGUGGAGCACUUUGGCUGAUCUUUCCUUUUCUCCUGACUCUGUAAUUGAUGAGGGCCACGCAUUCCGAACAGCAGGAUCUCUACGGAGGUUUAUAAAAUGAUUAUGAGUCUGGAAAACUCUUUUUUUUUUUUUGUCUGUCCUGACUGGUUUUAUAUUUUUCGUAUUUGUCUGAAUCCAGUUUAAAGAUCAUAAAAACUGUGACAUGAACUGGGAUGUUUGUGAACUUGUGUAAAAUAACAGCAAGAAAAAUUAAGAUGUGUCCUUUUAAUAACCAACUUGAUUGGCACAAGAAAUAAAACUUUAUUGUACCACUGGGGAAAUUACAGACGUUCUUACACAAGCUAAAA